AUGUCUGGAAAAGAGCAAGCAAAAAGUGUGAAACGCCACCCUUCAGAGACUUUCACCGAGUUUGAAAACUUCUUGAAGCGGAUUGCUCCACCAAAGCCCAGGAGUUCUAUGACCGGCCUGGAAAAGAGCCAGGAGUUUUGGAUGACCGCUAGCAAACCGUUCAGGCAUCCUGUGGGGUGGGUUGUGCUCUGGGUCGCUGCCGACGCGCUCCUAGCCAAGCAUCACAAAACGGACUCUGCAUCAGUCUUUGGAGGCUCUGCACCACACCAGAGAAAACAGAGCUGGGAGAUGGUCUGA